AUGUCACAGCAACGCAAGGCUCUCUGGGAGACCGAUAUCGACGAGGAGCUUCAGGAUGUCGAUCUCAACCUCGCCAUCGGCAGCUACGGACAAAAUGGCCUCUACGAUGACGCCCAAUCUAGUAUAAAUGAGGCUACCAUUGUUGCCGUUCAACAGCAGAUGGCCCAGCAAGCUGCGUUUGCCCAAGUCCCGGAUGUUGUGAAGCGAUUCAUCGCACACUUCCACCAAGCUGUGUUGGAGAACAACCUUGCGGAGAUUACUGUGGCAUACGAGAGUGGAUGGAAUAGGCUGACGGAGAAGUUCUACUCAAAAACCGAAUGGCCAGAGGCCGAGGUUAUUGCGCCUCUCGUAAAUGAUGAUCAAAUCUUCCUUAUCCUCUACCGCGAGCUCUACUACCGUCAUGUCUACUCCCGUCUCUCCCCCGACAUCGACGAUCGCUUCCAUUCUUACGAGAACAGCUGCGAGCUGUUCAACUACCUGCUCAACUCGGAUGGCCCCGUCCCUCUUGAGCUGCCGGAGCAGUGGCUUUGGGACAUUAUCGACGAGUUCAUCUACCAGUUCCAGUCGUUCUGCGUCUGGCGCUCAAAAGCCAAGUCCAAGUCGGAGGAAGAGCUCACGAUGCUAGCCGACGGAGGCCAGGUCUGGAGCUCCUACAGUGUGUUGAACGUCCUCUACUCCCUCAUUCAGAAGUCGAAGGUCAACGAGCACUUGGUCGCCCUCCAGGAAGGCAAGUCUGCAGAAGAAAUCGCCGAAAUAGUGGGAGAGUAUGGCACGCGGCCACUGUACAAGCUUCUUGGUUACUUCAGUCUCAUCGGCCUCCUUCGGGUGCACAGCCUUCUCGGCGACUUCACCCUCGCCCUGAAGGUCAUGGAGAGUGUAGAGCUCAACCAAAAGUCGCCAUUCACCCGUGUCACCGCCUGCCAUGUAACCACCUACUACUACGUCGGCUUCUGCUACAUCAUGCUCUGCAGAUAUCCGGACGCCAUUCGCACCUUCGUGUCAAUUCUCAACUUUAUCUUGCGGAUGCGGCAGUACCACACGAGGAGUUACCAGUAUGACCAGAUCAACAAGACGGCGGAUCGGAUGUAUGCGCUCUUCGCGAUUUGCAACGCCCUAUCACCAACACGAGUGGACGACAACAUCUCAAACAUUGUGAAGGAGCGUUACGGCGAGCAGUUCUCGAAAAUGUCGCGAGGAGAGGAGGGCAUCCCUGCUUUCGAAGAGCUGUUUCUCUAUGCCUGUCCCAAGUUCAUCUCCGCCAACCCUCCGCCAUACGACGAUUCGGAGUCCCUCACGGCGUACAUGGCGGAGCCUCCGGUUGAGCCCGCACAACGUCACCUCGCCCUUUUCUUGUCAGAAGUACGCGCACAGGCACCUGUGCCCACACUUCGUUCGUUCCUCAAGCUCUACACGUCUCUUGACGCGAAAAAACUUGCUGGCUUCUUGGAUGCCGACGAAGAGGAGAUGGUCCAACAACUCAUGGUCAUGAAGCAGGCCAGUCGAUCCGUCAGCCGCGUCGCCCAUGAGAAGGGUCUCCUCGACGGGCAGAUGAUCUCAACGAGUGACUUGGACUUUGUGAUUAAUGAAAAUAUGGUCCACAUUGCGGAGUCGACUGUGGGCCGCCGUUACGCGGGCUGGUUUAUCCGCAACACGGAGCACGCGCAACGCGUCCUUGACGGCCUUCGUGCGCUCCCUCUCCCUGUUGCCCCGCCCAAGGCGCCGGCCCCUGCGGCGGAGGCUGCGAAGGAUGGUGCCGCGGCACCGCGGACGGGCGGACAAAAAGUGGCAUGGGGCAGCGUGAAGGUAGCAUAG